GAAUAACCUACUGUAUUUCUGCAGACUCAAAAAUCAUCAGCCAGCUGUGGAACCAGAGACAAGCCGAGCUAUGGAGAUCAGGUCGCUAUUGCUAAUAUUGUCUGUGUGUGGGCCGACAUGGGCCACAACUUUAGACAUGGAUUAUGGUGGCGUUCCUCUGUGGAUCAACCGCUUUCUUGGGGAGCCCAGUGUAUUGACCUUAAGGGAUCGGAUGGAGCCAGGUUGGUUUCGAGCUGUCAACAGACAGAGCUGCCCCCUGGAAUGUGACUGUCCAAUUCAGUGGCCUACAGCUUUGUAUUGUGAGUACAGAGGCCUGCACCAGCUUCCAGAAGGCCUUCCUUCCAGAACACAGUACCUCUUUCUGCAAGGCAAUGCAUUAACUGGCUUCAACUCCAGAGCCUUUGCCUAUGCCUCUAAUUUACGAUGGCUGUUCCUGGACCGCAACCAGGUUCUCAGUGAGAGAUUUGACCACAUGCUGUCCAAUCAUACCCGAUUAGUGUACCUCUUCAUGAACCAUAACAACCUGACAGAGGUGCCAGCAGGGUUGCCCAGUGGACUCAAGCAGCUUCGACUUGCAUACAAUCACAUUGAGAAGAUCCCCCCAGGGGCAUUCCAGAAUCUACAGAAUCUAACACUCCUUCUACUCCAAGGCAAUCAUCUGAAAGCUAUUGGAGAGGCUGACUUCAAAGGACUUCCAUUCCUUAACUUGCUGGACCUCAGUCACAAUCUCUUGGACACGUUCCCCAAGCAUCUGCCUCCAUCUGUUCAACAGCUCUACCUCACCAGCAACGCCCUGACAGGCAUGUCUGAGGACAGCCUCCAAGGCUUCAAUGGACUCCACUAUUUGCGCCUUAGCCAUAACCAGCUGAAAAAUGAGGGGCUGGCCUAUGGUGCCUUCAACGUGACCUCUCUAGUGGAACUGGACCUCUCUUACAAUCAGCUCACUGAAAUACCAGUUGUUCCAACCACCCUUCAGUACUUCUAUCUGGAGGUUAACCACAUCAGAGAAUUUAACGUGAGCAGUUUCUGCAGAAAGAUGGGUCCAACGUCAUAUUCACGCAUUAAGAUACUGCGGCUGGAUGGCAACAAAAUGACACACCAUCAACUGCCUCCUGACUGGCCAUUCUGUCUCAGAGUCCUUUACAACAUUUACAUCUGACCUGCUCCCUCAAUAUGUACCUUUAAUUGCUUUACUUAGUGCAGUAUAACCGCUUUACUAUAAACACUAUUGUAUGUAAGUCUCAAAACCAUAUAUUUUAUAUUCCUAGAAUGCAUGGAAUUAGUUUGAACUCAAGACUGUAUUCAAAUGUUAAUGUCUCAGAUGGUUCUUAUUACUCUUUACUCCGUAAAGUCAGUUAAAAGUAUUUUUUCUCAGCUUAGUCUAGUCAAAAUUGCUUAUAUUUUUUGUUGUAUUUUUACUUAGCUCCUCCCCCCAGUAUAUUCAAUGCCAGUUCCCCCUACAGACUACAGCUCCUCCAUUGUGCAGCACCCUGCUUUGGGGUGGAGCUUCCUUCUGCUGUCUGCUG